UGUGGUUCCUCCUCCUUAUCCCAUGUCUGGAGCUCAUCACCCAGGGCCAUGUGCAGAGACACAGACAACGCCACGGAGCUCUGGCCCUUCAGAAGCAGCAAUGCAACAGGGCUAAACCUCCUGCAAAACAAUAAAAUGCCACAAUUUGCAUUUGUGUUUGGCACAGAUUUGAAAUGCCUGCAGCCCAGCUCCUCCUGAGAGGCAGUGCUGUGCUGGGGCACAUGUGAAAAGCUUUCUAAAAGCAGCCAGAACCUUCCCACACCAUUUCCCUUCUCUAUUCUUUGUGAGUGGUUCGCUCUAUCUUUUGCUGUUGGUGUUAAUUUGGUUGCUCUCUUUUUAAUGAGCAAUUUUGAACCCUCCACCAGCUGAGCAGGCCCCUGGGUCCAGGCAGGCCUGUCCCAUCCAGAGCCAGGAGCUGCAGCUGCCCCACAACCCUGGCUCAGGUCUCAGCGCCAGCCUUUCCUCCUGGGUCACCUGUGCUGCACGUUUAAUUUACAUUGCACAGGAGCUGUAACAAGCAGCCCUAUAACAUCAGCCACAUCAAAGGCAGUACUCACUUACCACACUGAUCCUGGAACUGGAGGUGAUGCCAAGGAAUUGCCCUGAAUGUAGUGCUUGUCCCAAACUUCUCCAAGCUGCUGGAUCAACCUCUCUGAGGCUCCGUGGGCCCUUGGGAUUUGCUAGGAGCAAUACAGCCAGCAGGCAGGCUGGGUGAAGCUCUCAUCCCACCCCUCCCUGUGCCCAGGAGGCCUGGGGAAAAGGCAAGGGGUGCUCCUCAGCCUGCCUGAGCAGCAGAAAUGUUGGACAGAGAAAUACUCUUCAUGUCCCAGUGGGCUGGGGAGGGAGUGCAGUGCCCUGGGGUGAGGGAGGGGUCCCUCCUGGGGAGCUGCAGCCAUGGGGACCGAGCUGUCCCAGCGGGAUUGUGCAAACUCCCAGCUCCGGGAGCUGAACUCGCUCCCUAUCUCGGCGCUGCACUUUGCUCCCGGCUGCCGUGACCUCACGCCGGCUCCCCGGGCAGCGUUUAAAGUCCAGGCAGAGCGGUGCCACUGCCUCCUGCCCGAGCAGCUCAUCCCCGCCGCCGCCGCUGCCCUGGGCCUGCCCGGCGCGGGCUCGGCCUGCAGCAUGCGGCUGCUGCUGCGGGCAGCGCUCCUGUGCCUCGCCCUGCGCCUGGGGCACGGCUCCGAGGAGGCAGCGCCCGGCAGCCCCGGCCAGCAGGACCCCCAGGCAGUGUCAUCCUACUCCGACUGGGGCAUCGACACCAUCCGGGAUGGCUUCGAGACGGUGAACAGCUACUUCGACUCCUUCUUGGAACUGCUUGGGGGGAAAAAUGGAGUCUGUCAGUACCGCUGUCGAUAUGGGAAGGCUCCCAUGCCACGGCCUCACUACAAACCCCAAGAACCCAACGGCUGUAGCUCCCAUUUUCUGGGGCUCAAGCUAGACCUGGGCAUCCCUGCCAUGACCAAGUGCUGUAACCAGCUGGACAUUUGCUAUGACACCUGUGGGGCCAACAAGUACCGCUGCGACGCCAAGUUCCGCUGGUGCCUCCACUCCAUCUGCUCCGACCUCAAGCGCAGCCUGGGCUUCGUCUCCAAGGUGCAAGCCUGUGAAUCCAUGGCAGACACAGUGUUCAACGCUGUCUGGACCCUGGGCUGCCGGCCCUUCAUGAACAGCCAGCGGAGCGCCUGCAUUUGCAGCGAGGAGGAGCGCGACGAGCUGUGAGGAGGAGCAGCCACCCGGUGUCUGUGAGCCACUGCCAGCGCUCCUAUGCAGCACAGAGACUCCUGUCAGCCCCUGGGAUGGGCACCAGGGCUGCUGCCAGCACCCCUCUGCAGCACAGAGACUCCUGGCAGCCCCUGCGAUGGACCCUCUGCAGCACAGUGACUCCUGCCAGCCCCUGGGAUGGGCACCUGGGCUGCUGCCAGCGCCCCUCUGCAGCACAGUGACUCCUGUCAGCCCCUGGGAUGGGCACCUGGGCCAAGGCACACAUCCAUGGCAGCCUCGAGGCUGGGCAGGGCAGGGCAGGCAGAGCCAGCCCAUGGACACAGGGCAGCCGUGCCUGCUGCCUGCUGCAGAUGCAGCUCCACAGCGCCCCUUCCCAAGCCCACAGGAUCCCAAGCCAGUUCUCUCCAAAGCAAGCAGGAUGCAAUGCUGCUUAUAAACAUGGAACUUACCUUAAAUACACACUAUUGCCUCCCCCCACCCUGUAACUCUCUAAUUUGCAGUGCAAGGCAGUAGGUUUCUGCAAGCCCUGUGAAAUUCCCAGUCCAUGGAUAUGCUAUGUACGUUUUUGCACCGCUGGUGACAGACUGAAGAGGGGUAAUUUGCUUUCAGUACAUUGCUCACACCCACACCUGACACUUUCCAUCCUGUCAUUACACACCCUGACAACCCUGCAUAUUUAAAUACUUGGUGGACCUGAUUUAGGACAUCUGGAGAAAUCUUAAGCAUGAGUUAAAGAGAAGGGCUUGAGGUGUUUGUGGUACAGCAUUGAUAUUCAGGACCAAAGCCCACCAUUAAUCAGAUGUGAAAUCACAGCCCUCUUCCCCCACUCUCAGGAGAGGAAGCCACUUUUCUUUGCCAGCGUCAUCCACAUCUAUUUAAUUACUUUUCUCCUAUAGCAUUUAACAAAGCUUUGCCCUCAGGAUCCCUUUUCACACAAAAUGGCUGGAUAUCCACCUCCAUCUCUUGCACAAGCGAAACAGGAGGCUCACAGUGGCCUUGGAUGAGAUAUUCCAAAUUCUGGAGCCUUAUCUGUCAGGUGACAGGAUUUAUGUGCUACCUCUGUGGGGCUGCUAUCAGCAGCCUCAGACAUCAUUGCUUCUAAAAUGUGGUUAAUACUCCCAUCUGUUAUGGGGAGCUUUUGUUGCAUGCAAAACCAGAAUUUAAAGUUGUGCAUGGCAUUUUGCCUCCACAGAACAUUGGCAGGCAGCUUUGAGCUGGGUUUCUUGUUGGAAGGAUGUUGCUGCUGGGUGUGUGCGUGCCAUGCCACGUAAAUAUUUCAACGGCUCCUGCAAACAUAUUUAUGGUUAUGUUCUUCCAUCUGCCACAGAGAAGUUAAGGCUGCAAAAGGGUGAUUUAACAAGAGUGGAAAGAGUCUGUCUUGGUUGCUUUUCUUCCAGUUUAAAUGGGUUUAAAAUGUAUGCAUGGAGCUAUAAAUUAUUUAAGCCCUGUAUUCCUGUUCCUGCCAGUCAUCUUUGCCUUACAGUGAACAGCAAUGAGAUGUUCAGCUGGCCCCAAGCGGGCUGGAACAACAAGAGCCCCCUGGCACCCAGACCAGGAAAAUGGACGUGACUGCGUGAGGUGUACUGGGAUGUUUUCCAUCACAGAGGACUUCAACACUGCUCAGAUGUAAUGACAGCCUUUCCUAGCUGGGCUCAUGCCACUGGACAGGGAAUUCUGCACUGCCGAGGUUUGCUGCUCUGUCAGAGCAUGAGGCUGGACAGACAACCUUGAUUAUCCAGCUAGGAAACACCUACUUUUGGAUAGGGAUGGGAAGGAAACAUUCCUCAUUCCAGAACACUGCCCAAACUUUAUAUUUUGUUGGUGAAACCGUGCCUGUGGCCAGUUUAAAUGUGAACCUACUCCUAUGAUUAAAUGACAAAAAAGAAGUUAAAAUAGCUCUAUUGUCUAUGUUCAAUCGCCGACUGCAUGGCAAAUAUAUCAAUUAUCUUAUAGUUCAAGUGAUAGCAGAUUAAAGCCAAGCAACUGCUGGCAGGUGAUGCCAUACACUGGAGAAAUCAAAGGGUUCUGAACAAAGUCUCUGUUCCCAGCCACUGAUGUGCUGGAGACAUCGCUAACAUAAAUCAUCCUUUCUCCCUGCUUUCAGACCACCAUUCAUCCCAAAACCCUAGAGACUGCUGCAAGCAGGCCAGCUACUGAAUAAGUUCAUUUUUCACUGUGCUAAUCUGAAAAAUCCCACCAGCAGCUCUAUGAGGAAAUACUUGAACUUUCAAGUGGUGGCAGUGACUCUGGCAAAGCACCAGAUAAUCCUGUGCAGGAGCAAACCAAUGCAUGAACCCAGUAAAACUGCAACCAAACUAAAAACUGCUUCCCCUCCGUGCCACUCCUGCUGUCCAGUGAUGAACAGCCAUGGAAGCAGCUAUCACAGGAUUCUCCAGGUUGCUGCAUGAACCUUGGGUCAUCUUCAAUUCCACCCUGCUCUGGACACAAAGACACGGCUUUGCUCAUCCCGUGGCUUCCUCUGGACUUUGUGCAUUGGCAGGAUUGUUUUCAGCUGCAGAGUGGAAAAGCUGCUUCACAUGAAUUCAUCAGGAAAAACGAAAUAAUGUGCACAAUAACUGAACUAAGCCAGGAAAGGAGCUUCUGCCUCCAUCACUCCCCCCCAUCCCUUCUGUAUAAACAAACAAGACCAGUUGAUUCUCCAGAAGGCACCAGAUAAUUAAUUUCAUUUCCCAGCUCUUGUUUUAUCAAAACAAAUAUAUUUAGUGGAGGCUGUCUGAACAAAGAAGUGACAGUGGGAAACUGCCCCUGUGGUCCUAAUGCAGAUGUGUAUCAGCAGAACAGCAAUCCUAGGAGAAGCCUUUUUCCUUUCUUUUUCUUUCAUAUAUGGUUGGAUAACACAGGAAAAGUGAAAGUAUCUUUCCAUUUAUACUUACUUAUCAUCACAGAAAUAUUUUUGUUUUCUCUAACACACACACACAUAUGUAUUUCCAAGAUUGAAAAAGCAGCCAUGAAGCUAUUAGAACAAAUUAUUAAACUCUCAGCCAUUAAAAGUUCAUUCCUCACUGGAAUAUCACUUGCCAGAACAAAUAAAUCUGUGAAAUAGA